GCUUCAAAUCAAAAUAAAAAAAAAAAUUUUAAUUUUUGUUAGAAAUAGAUGAGAAGCGCUAAUUGAAUUUUUACAACUUGCUUAGAUUUAAACACUCAGUCCAAUGAUCCAAACUACAACAAGAUUAUUCUCUUUUUACUCUAAAAAAGAAAAAAAUAGUUCUGAAAAAUUAUUGGGCAUCAAAAUUGGACCCAGAAACAAACAACCCUUUUCUUUCCCAACAAUUGUUGCUUCCACUAAUACCAAAUUCCUUUUCCUUCCAUCUCUUCACUUUGCUAAUGGUGUCAAAGCUAAUUUUUUUCUCCACAAUCAAGUGAAAACAAAACAAUCCCAAACUUCCUUUUUAUCUUUCUUUGCCAAAACACAUAAACCCUAACCCUCCAAAAUCUGAAACUUGUUCUUUCAGAAUGGAUGAAACUUUGUUGCUAAUGUUAUCAAAUCUCCUCCACCUCCAUAAUUCCCUUGACCCAGCCACUUCCCUCUUUUCCCCUGCCUCCUCUUCCCCUCCUCCCACUUCCUCCCCUUCCCCUUCCUCUCCUUCCUCUCUCCUCUCCUCCUCUUCCCCUGCCCCUCUCCUCUUCUUCACUCUCGCCUCCCUCCUUUCCUUCCUCGCCACGUCUUCUUCUAAGAAAGGACCUCAAAAUUCUUCACCUUUGUCAAACAAAAGACAACCCAAUUCCUCCCCUUCUCCUCCUCCCUCUUCUCCCUCUCACUUCUCCGUCGCAGCUUUUCGUGCUCUCUCUACUGACCACAUCUGGUCUCUGGACGCCCCAAUCCGUGAUGCCCAAUGGCGGUCCUUGUAUGGACUCUCCUAUCCCGUUUUCACCACCGUGGUUGAGAAGCUCAAACCUUUUAUAACCGCCUCAAAUCUUUCCCUUCCCUCUGAUUACGCCGUAGCCAUGGUUCUUUCUCGUCUCUCCCAUGGCUACUCCGCUAAAACCGUCGCUUCACACUCUUCCCUGGACCCUUACCUCGUUUCCAAAAUCACCAAUAUGGUGACUCGUCUCUUGGCGACUAAGCUCUACCCAGAGUUCAUCAAGAUCCCAGUUUCUCGUAGAAGAUUGACUGAAACUACCCAGGGCUUCGAAGAACUUAGUUCACUGCCAAACAUUUGUGGAGCUAUUGAUGGGUGCCCGAUAAAGGUCCGUGGGUUGAAACUUGAUAGGAAUUUGAUGAAUUCUUAUAAAUGCAAAUACGGGUAUGAUUCAGUUUUGCUUCAGGUUGUUGCUGACCAUAGAAAAAUUUUCUGGGAUGUUUGUGUUAAAGCUCCUGGUGGGUCAGAUGAUGCUACUCAUUUUAGGGAUAGUUUGUUGUAUAAUAGGCUUACUUCAGGGGAUAUUGUUUGGGAUAAGGUGAUCAAUGUGAGGGGUCAUCGUGUUAGGCCUUAUAUUGUUGGAGAUUGGUGUUAUCCUUUAUUGUCAUUUUUGAUGACACCCUUUUCUCCAGAUGGUGCUGGGACGCCGGCACAAAAUUUGUUUGAUGGGAUGCUGAUGAAAGGGAGGUCUGUGGUGGUGGAAGCAAUAGGGUUACUUAAAGCUAGGUGGAAGAUUCUUCAAGAUUUGAAUGUCGGACUUAAUCAUGCACCGCAAACAAUUGUAGCUUGUUGUGUGUUGCAUAAUUUGUGUCAGAUUGCAAGAGAGCCUGAGCCUGAGAUUCGGAAGGAUCCUGAUGAAACUGGGGCUCCAGCAAGGGUGCUUGAGAGUGAGAAGCAGUUUUAUUAUUUUGGGGAAAGUUUAAGACAGGCAUUGGCGGAUGAUUUGCACCAAAGGCUUUCCUCCUUAUAAGAUACGCACUUUUGAGAAGAGGUUGAUUUUUUUUAACCUUGUCUUAUCUGUAAGAAUAUGUUUUUUUUGAGUUUUUCUAGCAUGGUUGAGAUAACAUGUGUGAUUUCACUCUCACUAUUUAUCGUCCUUUUUUAGUAAGCAGUAGAAGUAGAUUUUGUGGUGCAUUAAAGUUGAUACUUGAUAUGUAAGACUUUAUUAUUAACUGUUGUGGCAAACUAACCUGGUAUUGAAAGUUGAAAAUAAGAAAGUUCUGAGUUUAAGAAACUGACUACUAAAACUAUUAUUGCUCUUAUUAAUUUCAUCUUAUAAAUUGUGGUGUUAAUGCUUUUGUUAUGGUUUGCUUGGUAAGUUAGUAUUGCUUUGAUGUUCUGUAUAUUCAUAGUUGUGAAUACCAUAUUAAAUUGAGUCUAUAGCAUUUGAUAGAAAGAAUCUUUUGUAUUUCUCUCGAGUGAUAGUUUUGAGAUCUGCAUUAGCUUUUUUUGUCUUCUAUCUGUCCGUAUCUACCUGUGCUGCCCUUGCCUUUGCUUUCUUUCUCUAUCUUGCUGUUUAGUAUGAAAUGCUCAUUUUUGGAAUAAAUCUUUAUGAGAUGGGUCUGGUUGCUGAAAGCUCCAUGUUAUAGAUUUCACCGGUAAAGAAAAUGUGUUUGAGGCUAAAUUUAUGGCUCAUUUUUUAUUUCAAUGGUUGCAAGUGAAAUAUGGGUUUGGUUGCUGAUUCUACCAUGUUAUAUAGAAAUCGCUGGUAAAGGAAACAAGUUUGGCAAGCAAUAGUUAUGAGUCAUUUUCUAUUUCAAUGGUUUUUUGUAUGGCUCUUUGAUUGACAGAAAUUAUGAAUAUCAUGAUUGUGAGUUCCAACAGCCUGGUGAAUUUAGGAAAAAAAACCAAGCCUUGGUUUUCACGAAUAAUUUUUUUUUCCCUACUGUUCUUGGGGUUUAAGACUUUUUUCCCCUUUGUUUUCCUCCUACACGAGGUCUUCAAUUGAGAGCUACAUAGUACAGUAGGCACAUAUAUUUUCUUAGGUUCUGUGAGAGGGACUUUGUAAGCUUUUUCUUGCCCAUACCUUCUUUUUGAGAGCCCUUUCGUUUUUCAGCAUAAAUAAAUGGUAUCAUGCCUUCCUGCUCCUAUCCAAUCCCUUCGUUUUUCUCACAUUUUCCCUGAAGGUUUAAGGUCUCUGGUAGGUUGAGGAAAUGCUGUGCUAGAGUAGAAGCUUAUCGAUGUCUUUUAACUUGAAUUGAGCUGGAGUAGCAUCUGCCUAGUUAUGGUCCUGUAGGAUGUUGGAGAGAGAACCUAGUCUUCUAGACCCUAAUAUAAAAACCCAUGAGUGAUUCAUCUGGAUGAGGUGUAGAGGUAGUGGAAUACAUGCUCAAGUAUAUUGGCAAGGCAAUGGAGCUUCAUUGAAAUCGAACGUAUCCUAAGCAUGUUGGUAGGAAAAUUGUGGUAGGUAGGUGUUCCUUUCUGUCUUUUUGUAAGGAGAUGCAUUCUGAUUUCUUAAUAAAUUACUUGAGAAAUUUCGGACAGUCAAUGAGAUCUUUCUUUUCUCUAAGGUUGGGCUAGAAGAAGUAAAAUUCGUCCAACACUUUUCCUCUCCCUUCUUCAAAUCUUUGUUGCCUGAAUGGCAAUGAUAUCUUUUCUAUAGAUGUUUUCCUUAAUUCUUUAUACAGCAAGUCUUUGGAAGUUUGUAUUAUUCAGGACCUUUUGAAUAGUUGAACCUAU